AUGCAUGAGAGGAACAUGGUGCAUAAUGACAUAAAACCAAACAACAUCCUCAUCGACUACACAGACCCCUCCACAGCCGAUAAUAACAAACAGCCAUCAAUAAAGUCAGUCCAGAUCUCCGAUUUGGAAAACACAGUCAUCGUCCCACCAAGGAAACUGCGCGGACCCCUCUGCGGCAACGUCAUCUGGCGCAGCGCAGAGAGCUGGGCGCGAUCUCGUCAGAAUCAAGCGUCUGAUGUGUUUUCUUUUGCCCUUGUGGUGGUUUAUGUGAUGGCAAAUGAAAUGGUCCUUCGUGUUCCUGAUGAGCAGUUGAAUGCUGCUGACGCAUGGAGGGAAGCCAAAUCCAUUCUUUGA